AUGGAGCUCCUGUUGCACAUUUGGCUCUACUACGGUGUAUUUUCGGUAUUGCUCAUGUUAUUCUUCAUUCUGAUUUUUGGGCUUCACGAAAGAUUCCGAGGCUCGAGCUUCUACAAAAUUGUGCAAUGUGAUAUGUGCCUGAAUUUGGCGUGUUAUUUUAAUUCGUGGAUUUUCAGGUGAAAAUUGAUGAAAAUUAGUAUUUUCAUGAUUUUCAGCACAAAAUUUCAGCCUAGAAACUAAUUUUCAGCGUUUUUCCGGUUGAUCCAUUUUUUUGGAAUUUGUGGCACAAUUUUCUACAGUACCUUUUGAAGCGUUUCUAGACCCAAAUUUUGCGCUGAAAGUCGUGGAAUCGCUGAAAAUCACUGAAAAUCAGUAUUUUCAUGAUUUUCAGCACAAAAUUUCAGUCUAGAAAAAUAUUUUCAGCUUCUGGAACAUUUCUGAAAUUAUCCAAAAAUUUUCAGAAUUUUUUAAAGAUUCUUGAAAAAUUCUUCUAGGCUGAAAUUUUGUGCUGAAACUUGUCGAAUAUCUGAAAAUUGCUGAAAAUCACUAUUUUCAUGAGUUUCAGCACAAAAUUUCAGUCUAGAAAAGUGGUUUUCUACAGUAAUCCUUGGUUGAUCCAUUUUUUCGGAAUUUCGGGCACAAUUUUCUACAGUACCUCUCGAAAAGUUUCUAGACCCAAAUUUUGUGCUGAAAAUUGUGGAAUCGCUGAAAAUUGCUGAAAAUCAGCAUUUCCAUGAGUUUCAGCACACAAUUUCAGUCUAGAAACUUCAUUUUCUACAGUAAUCCGGAUGAUCCAUUUUUUCGGAAUUUCGGGCACAAUUUUCUACAGUACCUCUCGAAGAGUUUCUAGACCCAAAUUUUGUGCUGAAAAUCAUAAAAUCGCUCGCCUAGACUCUAGUUUCAGACUAGCACAACGUCCAGACACCGGUUUUCUUCUCGAAACUCUCUACUACAAUCAUCACUGGAUUUUUCGCUUCAUCGCAUUUUCCAACCACUUUUUUUUCCAAACCCAAUCAAUUAGCAUAAUUAUUUUAUGUUUUUAUCGAUUUUCGCUGAUUAAAUUCGAAAAUUCCAACAAAUUCUGGUCAAAAUGGUAUAUUUUUGUGUAUUUGGCGAUUAUUUUGUAUUCUGUGGCCAUUAAUUUACCUGUGGCCUAUAUUUUUCAUCCAUUGAUUUAUAAUGAAACUCUCAAGUAUUUUGUGGACUCGAAGACACCUUUGGUGAGUUUUUCAGCGAUUUUAUGAUUUUCAGCACAAAAUUUGGGCCAGGAAACAUCUUAGAGGGUACUGUAGAAAAUUGUGCCACAAAUUCCGAAAAAAUGGAUCAAUGUAGAAAAACAUGUUUCUAGGCUGAAAUUUUGUGCUGAAAACGCUGGAAUCAUUGAUUUUCAGCGAUUUUCAGCAAUUCCAUGAGUUUCAGCGCAAAAUUUUGGUCUAGAAGAAUUUCUGAAGAAUCUAAAAAAAAUUGAAAAUUUUUGGAUCACUUCAUAAAUGUUCCAGAAGCUCAAAAUAUGUUUCUAGGCUGAAAUUUUGUGCUGAAAACGCUGAAAUUGCUGAAAAUUGCUGAAAAUCAGUAUUUCCAGCGUUUUCAGCGCAAAAUUUGGGGCUAGAAAGGUACUGUAGAAAAAUUGUGCCAAAGAUUCCGAAAAAAUGGAUCAACCGGGAUUACUGUGGAAAAACAUGUUUCUAGGCUGAAAUUUUGUGCUGAAACUCAUGAAAUUGCUGAAAAUUGAUGAAAAUCAAUUUCAGGACGAGCAAUUCGUGUUCAGUUGUCAUCUGGUCGUCUGCACUCUCGUCUAUUUCCUCACAAUCGUCACUCUCGGCACUCUGACCCUCAAAAAUCUUCGAAUUCGAUUUUCAAAUUUGAAUUCCCGCCAGCAAAAAGAAGAUCAGCGAACUCAAGAAAUGAUGAAAAGAAUGACAAUUAUUGUGGCAAUCAAUACCGUAGUCUAUUUGAUGUUAAUUGUUUGGGAAUUUACUGUAGGCCUGUUGUUUCCUAAUAUGAGCAAUGAUAUGCAAACAAAUAUGAUGAUGUGUGUUUCGGAUAUGGUAGGUGCAAAGAAGAGCUACUGAAUGAGCCGAAAUUUGAGACUAGAAGAGCAUUUUUCUACAGUAAUCCGGUUGAUCCAUUUUUUUUGGAAUCUUGGGCACAAUUUUUUUUAGACCCAAAUUUUGUGCUGAAACUUGUGGAAUCGCUGGAAAUCGCUGAAAAUCAAUAAUUUCAUGGUUUUCAGCGCAAAAUUUGAGUCUAGAAACGUAUUUUCACCUUCUGGAACAUUUCUGAAAUUAUUCAAAAAUUUUCAGAAUUUUUCAAAGAUUCUUCAGAAAUUCUUCUAGACCCAAAUUUUGCUCUGGAAUUCGUGGAAUCGCUGAAAAUCGCUGAAAAUCGAUAUUUCCUUGAGUUUCAGCGCAAAAUUUGAGUCUAGAAACUUAUUUUCAGCUCCUGCAACAAUCCAAAAAUUUUCAGAAUUUUUUUUAGAUUCUUGAGAACUGCAGAAAAAUAUGUUUCUAGGCCCGAAUUUUGCGCUGAUAAUCAUGGAAUCGCUGAAAAUUGCUGAAAACUAGUUUCUUGAUGAGUUUCAGCACAAAAUUUGAGCCUAGAAACUCUUCAAAAGGUACUGUAGAAAAUUGUGCCCAAGAUUCCAAAAAAUGGAUCAACCAGAGAUUACUGUAGAAAAAUAUGUUUCUAGACCCAAAUUUUGUGCUGAAACUCGUGGAAUCGCUGGAAAUCGCUGGAAAUCAGUAUUUCCAUGAGUUUCAGCACGAAAUUUCAGCCUAGAAACUUAUUUUCAGCUCCUGGAACAUUUCUGAAAUGAUCAAAAAAUUUUCAGAUUUUUUUUAGAUUCUUAGGAAAUUCUUCUAGACCCAAAUUUUGUGCUGAAACUCGUGGAAUUGCUGAAAAUCGCUGAAAAUCAAUAUUUCCUUGAGUUUCAGCGCAAAAUUUGAGUCUAGAAACUUAUUUUCAGCUCCUGGAACCUUUCUGAAAUGAUCAAAAAAUUUUCAGAUUUUUUUUUAGAUUCUUAGGAAAUUCUUCUAGACAAAAAUUUUGUGCUGAAAAUCAUGGAUUCGCUGAAAAUCGCUGAAAAUCAAUAUUUCCUUGAGUUUCAGCGCAAAAUUUGAGUCUAGAAACUUAUUUUCAGCUCCUGGAACCUUUCUGAAAUGAUCAAAAAAUUUUCAGAUUUUUUUUUUAGAUUCUUAGGAAAUUCUUCUAGACAAAAAUUUUGUGCUGAAAAUCAUGGAUUCGCUGAAAAUCGCUGAAAAUCAGUAUUUCCAUGAUUUUCAGCACAAAAUUUCAGCCUAGAAACUUAUUUUCAGCUCCUGGAACAAUCCAAAAAUUUUCAGAUUUUUUUUUAGAUUCUUAGGAAAUUCUUCUAGACAAAAAUUUUGUGCUGAAAAUCAUGGAUUCGCUGAAAAUCGCUGAAAAUCAAUAUUUCCUUGAGUUUCAGCGCAAAAUUUGAGUCUAGAAACUUAUUUUCAGCUCCUGGAACCUUUCUGAAAUGAUCAAAAAAUUUUCAGAUUUUUUUAGAUUCUUAGGAAAUUCUUCUAGACCCAAAUUUUGUGCUGAAAAUCAUGGAUUCGCUGAAAAUCGCUGAAAAUCAAUAUUUCCUUGAGUUUCAGCGCAAAAUUUCAGCCCAGAAACAUGUUUUUCUACAGUAAUCCGGUUGAUCCAUUUUUUUGGAAUCUUGGGCACAAUUUUCUACAGUACCCUUUAAAGUGUUUCUAGGCUGAAAUUUCGUGCUGAAAAUCAUGGAAUCGCUGAAAAAGCACAAAAUUUUUCCAGCUCAGCUUCAGUAUGCCCUACACUUUAUUAUUCUGUGAUAAAAAUGUGUGCGAGGUGAUUUUUGGCAAUUUCAAAUUUCAACUUCGCUCUGGUGUCACUUCAAUAAUUGCGCCGGGAAGUAUAACAUGA